CCUCGUUUGAUACCAUCUGCGGUCCCGUUACUCUCGCCAUUCGCUUGGUUAUGUCACCAAAAAUGGGAUUCUGCAACAGCAGUCACAAAGAUUCCCAGAACGACCCCAAUGUUGUUCCUGGGUGGGAAACAGGAUGAAAUCGUCCCACACGAACACAUGCAAAUGCUCUGGCAAAUCACAACUGAAAAGUGCAACCCGGACGGCACAGACAAAAAGGCCACCAAGUCUAUAGAGGCUGCUUCUACCAGUACGGGUGGAUGGUUCGCGCAAGCACUAGGAUUCGGGAGCACGUCCAGUGUACCACCAGCUACCACUGACAAGCCGCAAAAGCCUGAAGAAGAAGACCAUGUAGAUGAAGAGGACCCAGAUCUUAAGGAACAUUCGAGUUACGAAAUCAUAGGUGACAAGGAAGUCUUGGUAUCCAAGAGGACCAGAUAUCGAACAUGGAAGGAAUUUGAGGAUGGCAAACACAGUUAUAGAAAGAGACAUCUCCAUUCAAUAAAGCGCGCUACAUCAUCAAUAAAUCUAAACAACAACGCACACAACACAGGACAGCUGAUAGGACAACGCAUCCCCGUACAAUGGAGAGGGGCGAGGGGAAAGAAGAGGACAAGAGAAACCAAGUCUCGCUACAGGGAUAAGAGAUAUAAUGUGAAUGUGAUAACAAUCAACAGAAACAACUCCAAACCAAUAACAGAGAUACGGCCCUCUUGCUCCUCAAGUGCAAGAAUGAUUUUUUUGGGGGCUUUUGUCUAUUUUCGAAUAUUCGCGUCUGCUGGUGAUGCUGGCAAUGCUGGGCAAAUGUUGACGACCUUGAGAUGGAGCACGGCGAACGAGAAUGAAAGAUCACAUGCAGAGGACAUGAGAGGGCAUAAGUAG